AUGUCCGACGCAAAAAAGUUGUCAAAGAAGGAAAAGAAAUCGCUUCAAUUCCGUAAAUCAAAAGAAGAGAGAGAAGCAGAUAAGCAAUCAAAAGAAGAAUCCAAGAAACGAAAACUUGAACAAGAGGAGCAAGAAGCAACAACCACCACCACCACCACUACCACCGGUGACACCACAUCUAGCGAAGAGCAACCGAAGAAGAAGAGGAAAACCAGAAGAGGUAAAAAGGGCAAAGGUGUAAAUGACGGAAAAGGACCUCGAUUCAUCUUAUUUGUGGGUAAUUUACCUCACGAUAUAAAACAAGCUGAAUUGAUUGCCCAUUUCCACAAUAGUUCCCCAGAUAGGAUAAGAGUACGUCCGGAAAAGGGUAUUGCAUUUUUAGAAUUUGAUAAUGACACACAGGAAAUUCAAAGCAAGAUGGAAUUGGCUUUGCGUAUGCAUCAUCUGGAGUUGAGGACUAGAAGAAUCAAUGUUGAAUUGACUGUCGGUGGUGGGGGUAAUUCAGAAGCUAGGUUACAGAAGUUGAAGGAAAAGAAUGAAAAGAAGGAUGAGAGACAGAAGAAGAGGAUAGCGGAGGAUAAAAAGAAAAAGAGUAGUAAAACUUCGAGUAGUGACUUGAACGGUGUCCAUCCUUCCAGAGCUGCUUUGAUGCAGUAA